AUGGCCACAGGCGCGGGCUCCGCCUCCGGCGCGGCUGGGCCCGAGCAGGGGCCGCUGCCGGACAGGGCGGGCGCCGCGCCCGAGAGCCCGCCGGCCAUACCGUCGACUCCGGAGGUGUGGUCCUCCGCCUACCCGUCGGUCCUGGGGCUCCUCGAGGGCCUGGCCGCGGCGCACGAUGGCCGCGGCCGGGCGAGCGCCGCUGCGGGGGGCGCGACCCGAGAAGUUUCGCCGCGGGACAGGUGGAUGCUCGUCCCGGGCGGGACAGGGGAGCCCCACGCGCACGCUGGGGGCGCCAAGUGGGCGGCGUCGCCGCUCACGGCGCCCGGCCGCGCGAACGGCGUGCCCCAGGCCCACGGCCUCUUCGCGGAGCCGGAGCUGAGCGCGCUCCCCGAGGCGUCCGGCCCCGGCGACGACCUGCUGCCCGAGGCGGGCGACGGCGCGGACAGCGACGGGGAGCCGGGCGACGCGAGCCAGACGACCCCGAGCGCAGCGCUGCUGUCGGCGGUGCAGGCAGCGGUCGCUGCGUCCUCGAGCUCGGAGCCGAACAAUUCAGACCACGUCGUGAGCUCUGCGCAGGAGACCCCUCAGAGCACCUACAACGCGCAGCCCCCUGGCGUCGUGGACAGGCUGCACGUUGAGGGGCAUGCCCCACGGCACCCCGUGGAGCUCGGGAGCGCGCUGCUGGAGGGCUGGCUGCCCUCUGACCCUGCAGCCGUGCGCCUCCCGGAUGCGCUGGAGCGGUUGAAGGGCCGGGUGGAGUCGGGCCACGCUGGAGGCGCACAGAAGAUGAGCAAGAUCCUGAAGUGGACGCGGUCCUCGAUGGCCUCCCAGGCCCUGGUGGAAACUUAG